AUACCCAAAUUUGACGAUCGAUUUGCACGUCAGAACCGCUGCGAGCCUCCACCAGAGUUUCCUCUGGCUUCGCCCUAUUCAGGCAUAGUUCACCAUCUUUCGGGUCCCCACAUUUACGCUCUUACUCAAAUCCAUCCGAAGACAUCAGGAUCGGUCGAUGGUGCGCCCCACGAGGGGGCUCCCACCUCCGUUCGCUUUCACUGCGCGCACGGGUUUGACACCCGAACACUCGCCGUCCGUGCCGAAGCGCGUUCCUCGGUCCAGGCUGGCCGCAUUGCACCCCUGGCUAUAAGGUACCCCGGAGGGUACUACAUUCCAGGGGCCUUUGACCGGCCGCCCAAACCGACGCUGGCCCGCCCACGG